ACAAAUCACAAAUCACAAAUCACAACUCACAACUCACAACUCACAACUCACUUAACUCAAAGCACACCUUCCAUUUUCUCUGCGUACUUAAAUUCACCAAUAAUUCACGUCAAAAAAAAAAAAAAAAAUUCACCAAUAAUUUUUACUUUAUUUUCUUAACAAAGUUACCCACUCUCGUCAACCACGCGUAAGACACAAACCCACAAAAUUUUUGGAGAGUGUUUCGGUUUUCGAUUUUCAGAUCGAAAAAUGUCGAAACCAUGGGGAGGGAUUGGAGCAUGGGCCGCCGAGGCCGAGCGGGAAGAGGCGGAGGAGCGUGAGGCCAAGGCGGCAGCUGCGGCUAACCCUUCUCCCAGUUUCCCUAGCCUGAAGGAAGCUGUAGCUACAAACUCUAAGACCGCUAAGAAGAAGAAGAUGACUCUUAAUGAGUUCAUGACUGGUUCAGGAGCCGGUGCCGGAGACACGGGGUUGACACAUGACGAGAAACUCCGGCUUCCGACUGGUCCAAAGGAAAGGUCUGCUGAUGAAAUGCAGUACGGUAGGGGAUUUUCAACUUAUGGAAGGUCUGGGUCGAUGCAAGGGGGUAGGGGUCGUGACCGGGAGGAUGGGGAUGGGUCUUGGGGUGGUGGUGGUAGGAGAUCGUAUGGUGGAGGAUUUGAUGAGGAACGUAGGGGUCCGCCUUCUAGGGUUUCGGAAUUGGAUCAACCUUCGAGGGCUGAUGAGGUUGAUAAUUGGAAAACUGAAAAGAAAUCUCUUCCUUCAUUUGAUUCGGGUCGACAAAAUCGGUAUGGGUCUCUGGGUAGUGGUGGUGGUGGUGGUGGUUUAGGAGGAGGUGCGUCUAGGGCUGACGAGGUUGAUAAUUGGACAUUUGGGAAAAAGCCUCUUCCUGUUAGAUCUUCUACAUUUGGUUCUGGUGGUGGAGGGUUCCGUGAUUCUGAGCCUGAUCGUUGGAAUAGGGGUGGUGGAGGAUUCCGUGAUAGCAGCGGUGACAGGGAACGAACCAGAUUGGUUUUGGAUCCACCAAAGGCCGAUACUGGCUUGAAUGAACCGUUGCCGGUGGUGAAGACCAAUAAGCCAAAUCCAUUUGGGGCAGCAAGACCAAGGGAGGAGAUUUUGGCCGAGAAGGGUUUGGAUUGGAAAAAGCUAGACUCUGAGAUUGAGGCUAAGAAAACAAGUAGGCCUACGAGUGCCCAUUCCAGCAGGCCUUCUAGUGCGCAAUCCAGCAGGUCCGAGGGUCCUGGUUUGCAUGGAAUUGAGAAUGUGGUUAAGCCAAGGCCCAAGGUGAAUCCUUUUGGAGAUGCCAAGCCUAGGGAGGUUUUGCUGGAGGAGCGAGGUAAGGAUUGGCGGAAGAUUGAUCUUGAAUUGGAACACAGAGGCGUUGACAGGCCCGAGACAGAAGAGGAAAGAUUGUUGAAGGAGGAAAUAGAGAAUCUCAAGAAGGGGCUGGAAAAAGAAUCUCCUGUAACCAGGGAAUCCGAAGAAGAGCCUGCUGCUAAGGAACAACCUAGUUUACAAGAUACAAUUCUUCAGAAAGAAAGAGAGUUAGAAAAACUGAUACGAGAUUUGAAUGACAAAGUCCGCUUUGGGCAGAAAGCUGCUGAAAGGCCUGGGUCUGGAGCAGGCAGGGUUGGUACUUAUCUAGAGAGACCACCUUCUCAAUCUGGAUCAUUUGAUGAGUCCAGAAGUACGGAGUUCUCAGAAAGGCCUCAAUCGCGUGGCACCGGAGAUGUAUGGACAAGGCCUGUGGAUGAUAGAAGAGCAUUUCAAGGUAACAGGGAAAGAGGAUUUCUGGGUAGCAGAGACUUGGACAGGCCAAGAUCGAGGGAUAGAUGGUGAAGGAAUCUCUCUGGCUCCAUUGAGUUUACGGUCUACUUCGACAAACCAAAACGGAAUAAUAUUUUGUCUCACCCUUUUUGUUUUCUUCAUUUUGUUUUCGGAAUUGGAGCCAGAAUUAUUGAGUACUGGCGCUGGGGGAACUCUAGUGUUAAAUCUAUUAUUAAAUACUUUGCAACUAUGUAAAAUUGGAAAUUUUAUCCUUUUUCCUUGUGUAAUCAAGGAAUCUGUAUUUGUUUUUUUAGGACUCGGUUGUUGGUGGACAAUGGAUUUGAAUUCCCUUAGUUUAUUUUUUUAUGACAA